UCUGCGGUGCGCGCUGUAGCUGAAAGUAGGAGUUUCGCCGCUCGAUUCACUCUAAACACACAGUAGGGGUUUUUUUGUAGUUUUUUAGUUGCUCUGCACGUGAAAUGGUUUGGCUUGUUUGUUAGAGAAAAACAACCAGCGAAAGUGUGAAAAGCAAAUAUGCAGACGGAGAACGAGGAUGAGGAUGAGGCGUCCUGUGAGGAGUACGUUGCCCGGUCAGAUUUCACUGGAAGUAGCACCGAUCAGCUUAGUUUCAGCAGAGGGGACAUACUGCUCGUGCACGCCAAGCCCUCCUCAGAGUGGUGGUGGGCAGAGCUGCAGGGGGUCAUAGGUUAUGUCCCUGCCAGCUACAUGAGCCAGGAUGCUGCAGGGGAGGAGGACCCCUCAAUAGAAGAUCCGUGGCAAGAUGAAGAAUACUUUGGCAAUUAUGGAACGCUGAGGCUUCACCUGGAGAUGCUGUCAGACAAGAGCCGCACUGAGGCAUACCGGCAGGUUAUUCUCAACAACAGUGCUUCUCUCAGCAGCAAGAGGGUAAUGGACCUCGGCUGUGGGACUGGCAUCAUCAGUCUGUUCUGCGUUCAGUUGGCACGCCCCUCAAUGGUGUAUGCUGUGGAGGCGAGCUCAAUGGCAGAGUACACCAGACAGCUGGUGAAGCAGAACGGCUAUGAUGAGGUGGUCACGGUGCUUCAGGGGCGGGCUGAGGAGAUCGAGCUGCCUGAGCAGGUGGACGUCCUGGUUUCUGAGUGGAUGGGUAACUGCCUUCUGUUUGAGUUCAUGGUGGAGUCAGUUCUGCUGGCCAGGGACCGCUGGCUUAGAGAUGGUGGCACGAUGUGGCCCUCCUCUGCGGCCCUCACCUUUGUGCCAUGUCAGGCCGACAGCUAUUAUGCAGAGAAAAUGGCCUUCUGGGAGCGGCCAUACGGCCUCGACUUCACUCCUCUUCAGCCUUUGGCACAGCAGGAGUUCUUCACCAAGCCCAAGUUCAGCCACAUCAUUGAACCAUGUGACUGCCUCGCUGCUCCUUGUGAUGUCAUCUCCCUCGACAUGUACACUUUACAAGUGGGAGACCUCGAGGAAAUGAAGGGUCAGUUUCAUUUUUGUGUGGAGAAGUCUGCAGUUUUCCAUGGAUUCACCGCCUGGUUCACUGUUUGCUUCGAGAGCCUGGAGGCAGGAGGCGCAACUGUGGAGCUAAACACCGGCCCCAACUCUGGGCCAACACACUGGAAGCAGACAUUGUUCAUGCUAGACAGGCCUGUAAGUGUAUGCGCAGGAGACUCGAUCAGUGGAACAAUUGUCCUCCAGAGAAAUCCUGUCUGGAGACGCCACAUGACCGUUACCCUGCACUGGACCAUUAAAGGGGGCACAGACAAUCCAGACAACUCCCAGGCUGGAACAAAGAGUUUCCCCAUGUGGAGGUGACACAUAUUCGCUCAUCACCGGUGGAGAUCUAAAAUAGAAAAAACAGUCUAAUAAAAUUAAACUGUUCGGCUGUGAGACUGCUGCUGAAGCGGACUGGUGUGUUGCAAUGAAUGUGCCAGAGAAAGGCCUGCUAUCAUAGUGUUGAGCCUGAUUGCUGCAAUCACACUAUCCUAAGAGCACGUUUACUGCUCCUUUUUAUUGAAGGACAAAAGUACUUUACAUAAAGCAGCGCUGUGUCGCACAGCUGGAACAUCAGUUAUUUUUUUUGUUUACUGAGGUGCAAAAAAAAAGACAAGGUUGAGUCACACUAGGUUACUUUUCAUCAAAUGGCAUAUUGUUUUACAAUAAGCAUUUAACUUACAUUUUUUAUUGGUUGUACAUACAUGCCACUAGGCUUUUAUGCAUUUAGAAGAACAGAUUAACGAAAACCAUAAAUUACAAUGGUUUAAGAUAUGACCUUUUUUUCAUUUUAACAUUGUAAGAUCAGAACAAUGUACGCCUCUGAAAUGUUACAAACAUUAGCCUAAAAGAUACCUCAAUAAAAAAUAUUAUAGUGCUUAAAGAUAACUGCUCACAAUGGAAAUCACCAUCUUAAAAUAACAAUUAGUGAACUCACAUUGAUAUAAAUUAAAUAAAAAUUGGAACUGUUUCAAC